AAUCAGGGUCUAAUAGAAAGGAAGAAAUCACUAAAAACAUGUGGACAGAAAUCUGUUCAGAGAGCUGAGAAACAAGGUCAUCUCCAGCUACAAGGUCAUCUCCAGCUACAAGGUCAUCUCCAGCUACAAGGUCAUCUCCAGCUACAAGGUCAUCUCCAGCUACAAGGGCAUCUCCAGCUACAAGGUCAUCUCCAGCUACAAGGUCAUCUCCAGCUACAAGGUCAUCUCCAGCUACAAGGUCAUCUCAGGCUACAAGGUCAUCUCCAGCUACAAGGUCAUCUCCAGCUACAAGGUCAUCUCCAGCUAAGACAAUCAACAGACAACUUCUUCAUAAAUGAGGUGGGUCUGAUGAGGAAUGGCCGACUGUUGGCCGAGGGACAUCCAGAAACCAUGAUGAAACAGCACAAUGCACCGACCCUGGAGAAAGCCUUCCUGCAGCUGUGUGAGACCUCAGACCAGGUGGACUCCAAACACAGCACCUCCCCUCUGGGCGGGGUCCUAGAGAGCAGCCAAUCAUUCGAGAGCGGCCGGGACGAGAGUCUACCAAUCCUGGGAGCCGGAUCGGGACCAGUAGAAGAGCUGCCCAAAUACUCAGCGGACUGGAAGGUACGAGUCAGGCAUGUGAUGCCAAAGUGGAGGAACAUCGCAGCUCUGAUUAUCAAGACCACGGUGCGGAUGAAGAGAAUGCCAGGGUCCCUGUGUUUCCAGUUCCUACUGCCAGUCAUCCAGAUCUCUCUGAUGUGUCUGUGUAUCGGAGGAGACCCCAAAGGAAUACAGGUGGCUGUGGUCAACAAUGAGACCUCCUCCAGCUCCUAUAGCCAAUCCCUGCUCUCCUUCCUGGACAACUCCAGCGUGCAACAGGUGAACCUGUCCCAUGCUGAGGCUUUUGCAGGGGCCUAUAACGGAGAGUACUGGGCCGUCAUCGGGUUUGGAAAGAAUUUUACCAGCUACCUGACCAAGAGGAUGAUCCAGAGGCAGGUCUCUAAGGAGGUGGUGGAUGGAGGGUCGGUGCACGUCUGGUUGGACCUGACCAAUCAACAGAUCGCCAUGAUGCUUCAGAAGAAACUAGCAGAUGCCUUUGAGGACUUCGUCCAGUAUAAGAUGGGGAGCAUGUCUUACCUGGUCUCUCUUCCUGUCAAGUUUGAGGAGCCCAUCUAUGGCAGCAUGAACUCAGACUUCACCACGUUUGUGACGCCAGGCGCCGUUCUGAGCAUCACGUUCUACCUGGCAGUGGGCUUGACGGCUCUGUCCUUCGUGAUAGAGAGGAAGGAGGGACUAAUGGACAGGUGCUGGGUUGCAGGUGUUAGUUCGUUGGAGACUGUGCUGGCCCAUCUCAUCUCCCAGCUGUUUGUCAUCAGCAUCCAGGUCAUUCUACUACUGCUCUUAAUGCUGCUCGUCUUCAAGAUCCCUAAUGAGGGGAGCCUGGUGUUGGUUAUAGCUCUGAUCGGCCUGCAGGGUGUGACUGGAAUCUCCUUUGGUCUGGUCAUCUCAUCUGCCAUCGAUGACGAACAGAACGCCAACCAGGCUGCUCUUGGUAUCUUCUACCCCAACCUCAUCGUUAGUGGUAUAAUCUGGCCUGUGGAGUGCAUCCCCUAUCCACUACGUUACAUCAGUCUGGCCCUGCCCCAGACCUACGCUUCUGAAGCCCUACGAUGCAUCAUGUACAGAGGCUGGGGUCUCUCCAGGAUGAUGGUGUGGCGAGGCUUCGCUGUCACCCUGGGCUGGAACACUUUCUUCGUCAUCCUGGCCAUCGUCAUCCUCAAGCUGAGGACCUGAGACGUCUACCUGGGGGGGGAUUCCUAGUCUCGGGAUGUCUGUGUCGGGGGACACUGUGCUUUAAGGGAGAAAGUGCUGGUUUUCCAGAGUUCAUCUUGCAGACAGACCCACACCGACACGCACAAUCACACCCCCUCCUCCCCCCUCCUGCUUGCCAACUAGCCAACCCUGAGAACCAGAGUCUAUGGGUGAAGGACCACUAGGUGGGGCGAUUCAUUCCAAAUCUUGCAGGUAGAAAUCUACUUCAUAGAAAGGAUAGCGUUCUCUAUUCCAUUAGAGAGUUGUGGCUGCUCUUUUAUGUUGUCGUCUUUCAUGCUGCGAUGCUUUGAAUGUUUCAACCGCCUCAAUCUGCCCUGCAGGCAAUGUUUCUCAACCCAGUUGUUUUACAGCCUAUUCUAUUACAUACAGCCCAGCUAGCACAUUUGGUUCCUUUGAAGUUGUAGGAACGUAUGUUUUUGGUUUCACAUUGGUUGUGGGAAGGAAGCCAUAGUUUCCUGACCGGUAAAACUGAAACGUUCUUCAAACAUUCUGAGAAGAGAAGUUCCAGGAACAAGAUGAAUUGUCACGUCGUACUUCUCUGAACUAUCUGAGAACGUUCCCAACGUCAUACCAGUUGGAGAACAUUACCAACAUUGAAAUGAAAUGUAGCUGUAUUUGAACUUAUAUGAAACGUUGAAAUACAUAACGUAAUGAAAUAACAAAAUACGUUUUUGUUGUUGUCAAGUUCAUUAAAUGGGCUGAGAAUGUUCCAAAGCCAAACAACUAUCCUGCACCAUUCCCAGGAAGUUGUGGGAAGGUUGUAUGGUAAAUAACCAUAGGACAACCACUCUCUCACCAAGGUCUAAGAUACAUAUGGUUCUCAGAACGUUGUGUGCUUGCUGGGAGUAUUGUCUGAUUCACAGUGCAGGGCCGGGCCAACUGUACUGGACUGACCUGAUGACACGUCCACCAUAGCUGCUGAAACCAUGUUGGAAAGGAUCAUGUGAAGAUAAAAUAUCAGAGCCAGUACAGUUCAGGUCGUUGCUAUAGUGUGAAUCAGACAUCAGUCAAACGGCUGGUGGACCCAGAGAACUGAGGUUGAGAAACACUGUAGAGUAGAAGUGCUGAUCUAGGGUCAGGUCCUCCCUGUCCAUAAUAAUGAUAUAUUAUGAUGCAAACGGCUAAACUGAUCCUAGAUCAACACCCUUACUCUGAGACGCUUGAUAAUAGGGUUCCUGAUCACUGUCAUGUAUGAUCUGCUCCAGAACACACUGUACACAGUACAGGUUAUUAUAGGCAUGUUUAACUUGUACCACCUGUUCUCAACAUAACAAUGCAUUGAUUGGAGGUUUAUAUUUACAGUUGCUGUUGAGGGUUUAUGAAUAACCUCUUCUACAGUAUAUGUUGACUGUAUUUACACAAAUGAUAGAGAGAUAUAUUAUACUAUAUAUUUCAUAUUUUUUGAGGGAACUGUGUGUAAAAAAGAAAUAAUACAAUUUGAAUGUUUUUGGUA